AUUUUCGUAAUUAUUAGGCACAGAUUGGGAUCCCUGUCAUUGUGCAAUACUUCAGGGGAAGUAAAUUCCUUUGAUCAUAUAACAUGUCGCUCACGAAGAGCGCAGGUCCUCUAAGUUAAGGUUAGGGUUAUUUUCGUAAUUAUUAGGCACAGAUUGGGAUCCCUGUCAUUGUGCAAUACUUCAGGGGAAGUAAAUUCCUUUGAUCAUAUAACAUGUCGCUCACGAAGAGCGCUUGGAGCUGUUUCGUUAACAGGAAUCAUCCGGCAGCGUUUGUUCUUGGCAUCGAGAUCGUCUGACGUCUCUUAUCUGAGAGUUUUCAGCUGAAAAUAGGAGUUUGUAGGUCAAGCUCACAUUAAAAUCGGUCACAAUCAGUGGUUGCAAAAGCGAAUCGGAAUGGUUAACCAGACAUGGGCUUGGAAGCAGUUUAACCGGCUGGCCGAUUCAAUCGUUCUAAUCGGGUUGGAGAAGGUCAUUGUUGCUAUACUUCAGAGCUAAUCGGUAGAGGGAGUGAGAUAGAUACAGGAAGUAUCAGAGAAGAAGAGAUGAGCGGGAGAUGGGGAAAGAGGGUUAUACACUUUGCAAACCUUCCCAUCAAACUUUUGAUGCCUUCCUCUCUUCAAAACAUCAAAGAGAUUGGCAUCAAAACCAUCCCUUCUGCUUCAAAGAUUGAGAUUAAGAGGGUUUUGGAAGGACUAUAUGGCUUUGAAGUUUCCAAGGUUACAACCAUUAACAUGGAAGGCAAGAAAAGGCAAAGGGGUGGAGUAGUGUAUGCUAAGCCUGAUUACAAGAAGGCCUAUGUGACCCUCAAGAACCCUUUAUCAUUGAGUUCGGAUCUUUAUCCCAUUCGUCUUCUUGAAGAUGAUAAGAAAAGCACCGCUAAGCAACCGAAAUCUGCCAUUGUUAGUGAGCAGGAGCAAAAAACACAUUGGCUUGACAACAAUUCUGAGAUAGUGCUUGAACCUAAGAAGCAAAAUGAUUGGAAAGAAGUUCGUGACAACGAAAAGAGUAAAUUUCCAUGGAGUGGCAUGCGCAAUUGGAAGUAGAUUUGAUACAUUUUUUCUCUUAUUUUGGAUGCAUAAGUCAAUUGGACUUAAAAUGUCUCCUUCAAGAGGAACUUCUUGUCUCCAAAUUCAAGUAUGCAAACUAACUGAUGUUGUACUCUUGAUAUCUGUUUUGUUACUGAAAUUUGGGAAAGGUAGGAAGGAUUAGCUAUGGAAAAAUUUUAAGUGGUUGUUUUUAAUAUAGUUGAGAUGGUUUUUGUCUUGUG